UCUAACUGCGUUUAGGAAAACAUUGUCGUUGAUGGUAACUUUCAUGGUGCUUACUUAAAGGUUCUUUGUAGAAAAGAAUGGCUGAAUUUUCAGAUAAAUCUCAAAAAAAUAUUGCACCGAGAAUAGCUGUGCAAGUUAGCCCAUCGUAUUAUGUUGUUGUGGGUAAUAUGCAUUUGGAAACGCUGACUGAUGCACUUACUGAAGCUUGUCGAAGUGGAUAUCAUGUUCUCAGUGAGGGUGGUGCCGCCGUGGAUGCUGUUGAGAAAACUAUAAGCUAUCUUGAAGAUUUAUACUAUUUUAAUUGUGGUUAUGGAUCAUUGUUAAAUAAUGACGAGGAGAUUGAAUGUGAUGCAAUGAUAAUGGAUGGAACUACAUUGAACACAGGUGCAGUUAUGGCAGCUGAUUGUUUAAAAAGUCCUGUCAAACUUGCUCGAAAAAUAAUGGAGGAAACCAUGCAUACCGCAAUAGCAGGAGCUGGAGUUGAGAAAGUUGCUAGAAAACUUCAAUUUCCAACCUUCACAAAUGACGAGCUGAAGCAUUCUGAAACAGCAGCCUUCAAACUCAAGUAUGAAGAAUUACCAAACUUUCUCAAGGAACAAUUUGGUGGGUGGGAUUCAGUCUCAGCUGUUGCAAUGGACAAACAUGGACAUUUUGCAUGUGCAAGUUCUACAGGUGGCCAACCAGGAAGACUGAAAGGUAGACUUAGCGACGCCUGUACGGUUGGUUGUGGUGGAUACGCUAAUGAAUAUGGCGCUGCAACGGCUGGUGGAUAUGGAGAGGCAGUAAGAAAAAUGACAUUAGCCAGACAGGUAGUGUUCAACAUGGAGUCGGGACAAGAUGCUCAGAACUCUGUUAAGAACGCAGUGGAAAAAAUGAAGGAGCGCUUACCAAAGAGAGGUUUUGGUUCUGCCAUUGCAAUCGAUCGAAAUGGUAAUAUUGGCAUUCAUAAUACAUCAUCCAUAAUUUGGUUUAAAAAUGAAGGUGGAAACGAAUUGCAGGGCACAUUAAUAAAGCCAAGAAAAGUCAACAGUACGCCUGAAUAGAAGAAAGGCAAUUUUCCAGGAGCCAAUGCAUAUUUCAUUAUAUAUUUUCAGUUUGUAGUCUGUAGCGUUCUUAUACCAUCACUUCAUAACCACGACAAGCUCAAAAUUUAUCAAAGGCACUUGAAAUAAAAGAAGGAUUGACUUAUUUUCAGAGAAAAUCUUUAAAUUUCCACGAAAUUUAUCGAACUUCUCAAAAAACUUGCCAUGUUAAAACUUUGCUCAAGAAUAAUUGCACAUUACUAUUAACUAGUCAUAAUAAAUUCAAUUGUUUAAGAAAUAAGUCUAAUGCACUUACGAUUUUCAAAUCAAAAAAAUAUAACUCAUCUUCACCACAGAAAAAAAUAGCAUUUAGUUGUUCGUGAAUCACGUUGCCUUCUAUUUAGAAACAAGUUAAUUCCACAAAGAUUGUAUGUUAAGCUGGCUCUUAAAUAACGAUAGUCCUUUAAGGAUCAUAUCAAGAAAUGAAUUACAAUGUUUAGCACAUACCACCUA